AAAAAAAUAAAUUUCUCGAAAAAAUUUUAAUUACUCUCGAAAGAAAAGGAGAAAAUUCCAUCCCCUCCUCUCACCAUCCAACGUUACGAUUAACGUUUAAUUCUCUCCAGCUAAGAAAAUGAAUCAAUACUCGAAAUUUUAAUUGAGGUAGAAUGGAAAAAACACGAUGGAGAAAUUUGAUUAUCGAUUAUCACGAGAAUGGAACGGUCGGAAUAGCAUGGUGGAGGGCGAAGGGAAGAGCGGAAACGAUGAUCCAGUUAGUUGGCGGCGAAUCGGGCUUCCCCCGAGCUCGAAAGCCCCGUCGCCGUAAAAUCGAGGCCCGGCCGUCGACAAAAGUCGCGUCCACGUCUUUGAAGCGCGUAACAGAAGCGGAACCGACAUUUGCAUCGGCGUGGAAUCGUGCCACUCGUGGCUCCUUUUCCCGUGGCAUCGGACAAGGAACAGAAGGAAGAAAAAUUCCCUUUGAAGGAAAUGCUUUCGAGAAUGUGUUGUUCCCUGUUCGACCCCUUUCGCCUCGCCCCGCCAGCGAGACGGCGACGUUUAAGCCGAUUCCAGGCCAGCCUGCCGGCCUGUUUACCCGUUUCGGGAUAAUGCGAAGGCGCGAUACAAGUCGGCCGAAAUCGUGGAUUAUUCCGUGGUACAUGGGAAAGGCAAACAGAAAGGGCAGCCGAGCGUGUAAUAAUGGACUCCACGGCGUAAACUAGCGCCGUGUAAUUUAUGCUAUAACUUCGUUCCUCUCUCUCGAACGAACGAAUUCAUUUCACGCGACCAAAAAUUGAAAUUUUCUAAACAAAAUCCAAUCCUUCGCUUACUAAAAAACUUUGAGCUCGAAGAAUUUAUAAAUUAGAGAAGAAUAAUUGAUGAAAAGUUUCUCGAA